AUGGAAUCUUCAAUUGACACUACUAGAUACUAUAACACACUUCAGAUAUCCAAGACUGCUACUCAGUGACAGAUUAGGGAUAGCUACAGGAGGCUUAUCAGGCAAAACCAGCCUGAAUUAGGAGGAGAUAUAGACUUUUUCCAACUAAUCAAACAGGCUUAUAAUGUUCUAAAAGAUCCUGAAAAAAGAAACCUAUAUGAUAGAUACGGUGAAACUCUGGCUUUGUCUACUAGUCCAAGGCCGAGCUCAAGGCCUAAUCAGCCUAAUUUUCAGUCUGGGAUCCCUCCGUUUUGAGAUAUGGGUGCUUUUCCUUACUUUCCCUUCGGAGGAUUGUCAAAUUUUAUGUCUCCUCCACCUGGCUCAAGGGACUAUGACCCUACUGCAAGAUAUAGUAGCCAACAUGAUUCUGAUAGACCUAAGCAGAAGACUAGGCCUAUCAGGAAAGAUUUACCAAUUACUCUUGAGGAUGCUUACAAGGGAAUCACUAAAUCCUUCAGGAUCAAAAGAAGAGUUAUCCCCGAAAGCUUUGAUGCUUAUAAUGCACAGAAGUGCCAAAGAUGUGGAGGCAAAGGAACUCAGAAAUGAUCAACAGAGACCAGCCCAGGAGAGUUCACACAAAGGGUUAUCAUCUGUGAAGGUUGCUUAGGAGGCAGAUAUAUCAACUCACAAGUUGAUGAGACUAAGAUCGUCCAGGUUAUUGUGAUCAAUAAAUCUUAAAAGUCUUUUGCUUCUUUUCCUCUUCCAUGGAAUUCUCACAUUCUAUUACUAUGACCUUUCUGUAACUGUCUUAACUUUCUUUUCUUUGUCAUCAUGGUUACUUUCAGCUUCUCAAGUCGAGAAAAUGUCCAUUUCUUUGGCUUUUGGAUGGAAGAUAAAAUUAAACAAGGAAGAGAAGCAAGUUAUGCCUGUUAUAGAAAGGUCUUUAGUAAUAUUUUCCACUGUUAGCUAAAAUCCAGCAAACAGCCUCAUAGAUCCAUGGAUGACAAUACUGUGCAGAGAGGAGUUUCUGAUUAUGAUUACAUUGUCUUGGAAAAUGAAGGAGACCAGAAGCCAAACCAGGCCAAAGGGGACGUCGAGUUUUCCAUCCAACUGGAUGAAGUACAUCCUGUGUUUAAGAGGACUGGAAAUGACUUGAAGAUGUCAAAGACAUAUAUCUUUGGUAGAUGCAUUGUGUGGAUUUUUAGGAGGUUGAUUUUAGAGGAUAAUUCUAUCAAUUAGAAUUAACUAGUCCUGCUCGGAGUUAAUUUUUAAGAAUCAUUCUCUUAAGACCUAUAUUUAACUUCCUUGAUUAUAAAUAGAAACAGAAUUGAGAGUAUGUCAAGAUAAGAAUAGAUUGCUUAAGCUAUAAAUUAAGAUUAUUCUAGAUAUUUUAUAUUA